GGAAGUAGCAUUGCAGCAAUCCGCAGCCAUAUUGCCAUGUAGCAGACAACUUUCAGGAAGCGAAGUUAACUGUGAACGUUUCAUGACAGGUAGCAUGACUGUCGACGCAGGAAAGGGGUUCACCCUUCCAUCAGGCCCCUCGUCCUUAUGUUUCGACAAAGAAGAGUUUAUGAAGACUGAGUUCCAUGUGGACCAGUUCGUCAUCGAAUGUCGGCGACAUGUUCAGCUGGAGACACUGCGAGAUGAUCUCAAUAUAUACCUCAAAAUUCUUAAGAGUGCUAUGAUAGAACUCAUCAACAAGGACUAUGCUGACUUUGUCAACCUCUCAACUAACCUGGUGGGAAUGGACAAAGCCAUUAACAACCUGACUGUCCCCCUUGGUCAGCUGAAGGAAGAGGUCUUGAGCGUCAGAUCUGCCAUGGAUGAAGCAAUAGCAGCUGUUGAAAAUAAACUUAGAAAACAACAGGAAGUGCAGAAAAAGAAGGCCUGCUUGCAGCGUUUGAUGAACAUAACCCAGUCCGUGGAGAAGAUUGAACGUCUUCUCGGCAUCCAGGGAUCGGAGUCAGGAGAAGACUCCCAGCAUCCAGGUCAGCUGAGUGGUCAGCUGAUCGAGAGAGUGGCCACUGAGUUCAAUAAGCUGCAGUUCUAUGUCACCAAGAGCAGGGGGUUGCCGUUGGUGGAGAGGAUCCGACCUAGGAUAGCCAACAUCACCACAACAUUACAGUACAGCCUGGAGGGAUCCUUCCUGGACGGACUGGAGUCCGGCAACACAGACAUCCUGCGCCAAUGUUUGAGGACUUACGCUCUCAUUGACAAGACCAGGGAUGCAGAGAAUCUCUUUAAACUUCAUAUUGUGAAGCCGUACAUGGAAGAGUUCAUCAAUGAACAGUUCAUCCGUUCCAGUGGCCAGGGCCUCCAGGGGCUCUAUGGCAAGGUGCUCGAGUUCAUCCCCAAGAAGUGUAAGAUACUCAAGGAUGUCACCAGUGGAGGUUCGGGGACUACUGAGAUAGUGAGGGGCUACGACUUCCUGGUCAACUCGGUGUGGCCGGAGAUUGUGAGCAACCUGGAGGCCCGGGUUCCUUCCAUAUUUGCACCAGGCAACCCCAAUGUUUUCCACGAGAAAUACUUGAUAAGCAUGGAUUUCCUGGGAAAGUUUGAGCGGAUGUGUGGUUCUCAAGCCAGUGUGAAGCGUCUGAGGGAACACUCCAGCUACCACACCUACAUGUCCAAGUGGAGCCUCCCAGUGUACUUCCAGAUCAGGUUCCAAGAAAUAGCUGGGUCUCUGGAAACAUCGCUGAUGACUGGAUUCAACAACUCCCCAGAAAAUGCUAAUGGUUUCCACUUACUGUCAACAUCCUCCCUGUGGGACUCGCUCCAGAUCUGUUGGCGAGAUGGUGUGUACCUGUCUUCACUGUCUCACAGGUUCUUAAAACUCAACCUGCAGAUGCUGUCUCGCUACACUGCCUGGCUGGAGGAAGUGCUGGAAGAGGAGCAUGCAAGAAGGAAAGAGUCUCAGCUGGAGAAGCCAACAAAACUAAGGACAGUGUCCUCCACGGGGAACCUAGAGAGGCUGAAUGGAGUGGGUGACCUGCAGAGAUCCUCUUCCCCACAACCCCCCAGAGAGAUCUCCAUCCCUGCAAAUCCCCCCAUCACAAUCGGACAGAUCGUGUGUCUGCUGGCAGAUGCGGAGAGGCUAGCUGACAUGCUCCCGGACCUCUUCCUCGCCACUGUAAAGCCUAAACUAGAAGCAGAUGGAUUUCCCAACCCUGACAGCUUGAAAGACACUUUUGUUGAAUGUGGGUUGUCUGUGUUGGAGAGGCUGCCCCAGUUCCAGGUGUUCGUGUCAGGAGACUUGAUUGGUCAGUGCUGUGUCUACCUCAAGCAAGUCAGCGACAUCCCUCGGUUGUACAGAAGGACCAACAGAGAUGUACCCAGCAAACCAUCAACGUACAUCAUCAGUCUGGGCAAACCACUGAAACUGUUUUUGGAUGAGCAUGUAGAGACCUUGGGAGGGAAACAGCGAACAGGCUUCCUCAAGACAGUCUUCAGCAGUCUAGCAGAACAAUAUUUUGGCGUCACCUCAGAAGUGUUGUCAUCGGUCAAGAAGAUGGAAGACAGUCUGAAGCGCCUGAAGAAGGCUCGGGGAACAGACAAGACUGAGGGGCAGGGGAUCUCAGACGAUGACAAGAUCAGGCAGCAGCUUAUCAUUGACAUUGCCAACUUUGGGGAACAGGUUGAAUCCUUUGGUGUUUCUCCAGCCUCAGUGGAAGGAUAUGACAAACUGCAGGAGCUCUCACAGGAGGCCAAGGCAGCCAUGACAUCCCCAUAGAUAGAGCUGUCACACACUGCUAGAUGCUCCACUAACACACUUUAUACAAGAACGAUGUGGCUCACGAGGGAUGUACCUCGGGAUAUACAAAAACUGAAAUGUUUUACUAUAAGUGAUACCUUUACAUAAAUGAACACAUUUAAAGACCUUUUCAUUGGAUUCAAGUACUUGGAUGUGCUCUAAGACAGAUAGAUGAUUGUAACACUACUUUAAUAAAGAAAUGUACAUUAUGUCAUGACAAAGUGUCGGUCUACAGCCUGGAUUGUAGGGAUGUCAAAUAGUAGACACAGAUUAAAGAACACAGUGACUUUUGGAAGUGAUACCAUCCCUGUGGAUUCCAUGAUCUGAUGUAUACUAAACACACUGUCAUGUGUGUGGGUCUACAGGGGCUGGUAUCGGCAACCUUGUGGGACAUUCAAGAGAAAACCUGUCAAAUAUCAUGUUAUGUAAGGUAUUCUACCUUGAAGUUGUUGUGUUUUCUUGAUCCAUUUAUGAAAUCACUGGUUAGAUAAACCAGUAAAAAUGUAAUCAGUGUUCAACAACCUCUGUUUUAAGUCUCCUAAAUAGGUACACUGCCAGCCAGUACUCAGGUCAUAUAACUUCACCAUUUCCAAGUUUACCUGAAACCAGUUAAAAUUGCACAAGUACUUUAAAAAUGAAUAAAUGUUUGAAGAAAAAGGAAUGUAAUAUGUGCCUCUAACAUCUGUGAUGUUUUUUUUAUGGAUUUUGGUGCAAUAGCUAUCCACUGGAGGCUUGUUUGUCUGGAUAUACCAGUAUUUACACACUGAAACUCCAUUGAUACCUUGGGAAAAUGGAAUCAUAUUGACAAAGAGUAAGUUGAAUGUGUCAGAGAUAAACUAACUGGAUCAUAUUUUUAUGAAAGUUUUGUGGGCAAAAUGUCUUGGAAUAUUCAAAUGAAUUGCAGAAUAUGUGAGUGAAUAGGUAUCAAUAUUUUGUUCAAAUAUACUUAAAGUUGUGAGAGCAGAGGGUACUAGAGACCUGCUGCCCCCUCAGUCCCCAGAGAUCAUACAUCCUCCAAUGCUUCACUUAACAGGCAUGACUGUCAUUGAACAGUAAGAAGUGUGGGUCAUGUCAUGGCUAUACAGUUGGGUGAUGAAGUCAGUUAUUUGAUUUUAUUGUUUUGAUUAUGCAUGUGGGAACAAAGUUGUCUUACAUUUGUAGCAUGUAUGAGAUUUUUUCUGACUUGUCAUUGUUACGGUGUAUGUAAAUGCUUCUACGGUUACAAUUACCAUGGUGAUAACAGAUAUUUGUACAUAUAUUUGAUGCUGCAACUUACACGAGGGGAUAUUUAUAGCCAAAUAAAGGUAUUUUCUCAUA